CUUGGGCACCCCAUAAACAAAAUUUAAUUUACGGCACUUGCACCAGCUAACGGCCAAUCCCAUCAAAAGGCCCCGAACAUGUUUAAAAAAGACGUCUGGUGUUACGCCGCCGUGGACGUCCAGGACGACAAUGGACUCAUUCGUCAUGGAAUGGUGAUCGACUUAAUCGAAGACGGUGGGGAUUUGAUUGUGGACUUCGGGUACACUGGCCAUCAUGCUGAGCGCAUCCCAUUGAGCCGCUGUGUCGCAUUCACCAAUAACGACUACCGUCGUAGUCGUGUUGAUAUUGCUGUGCAGUUUUUAAGCCAGCGCAAUCCCGAUCAGCCCUGGUGUUGGCAUCCUGCUAAGCUGGUGGUCCGAGUGAGCGAUGUGUACUCCUACGCCUUGGUCGAAGUGGAUAUCGAUGGACAGUCCACUCGGGUAUUCGUCGAUGGUGACAGAAUUCGAGUGACAGUAGAAGUGUGCCCCCUGAUGCAGAAAGCGAUGCUAGGCGCAGGCACACAACGAACGCGUUUCUAUGAUAAGUUCCCCAAAAGGCAGCUUCAUUUCCAUAAGCGACGCGUCGAGUUAGGUUGGUAUCCCGACGUAUUGGCCGUGGCGAGAAAACUAGGAUUUCGGGAAGCGUGGAAUCGAUUGACAAACACCAUGUUUGUUCAUUUUGAAGCACAGCAGCACCAGAUUAUUCUCCAUUACAUAUCUGCAUUGAAGCGCCAGUAUGUCAUGGACGCAGCAAAAUGUAAAGAGUAUCUGGACCACAUAAAACGCUCAUUGGAUUACAAGCAUAGGAAACGAGAGAUUCGAAUCGAUGCAUGCCGCCAAAGUGAAAAACAAUGUAAACGGCAAAAAAUGACGGCUGAUGCCGGAAGUGGUAUAAGGCGCAGCCACCGUUAUAAUGCACAAUCGCUUCAGGGACUGACUUCUGGAGAUGCCAGCGAUGAGACUACGUUACGUUAUCUCCCACUGGAAGUCUUAUCAGAAGCAUUGUCAUAUCUCGUUGUAGAGAGAAAAGUUAUGUGCGUCUGCCGGGACUGGGAUGCACUUGUCAUCCAUUCGCGGUCCGCCCUUAUUGAACUGGAACCGCUGUCUACCCACAUUAAUACCACACUGGCAUGGAUGCUGUAUGGAACAGCGGUGACUUGGUCAAUAUCCAUCCGAUGGCUGAUAGUUACCAUUCCCCGUCGGCACCGCUGCCGGUUCGUCAGCCGGCAUCUUGUACCCGUUGUACACAAACUGUUAAUCGCGUUGCGGAUCAAAGCGUCGAUUAUUCUCCUGUCAUAUAUGAAAGGUGCCGGUUAUGACGAUUUCCUGCCCCCAUUCCACUCCGAACAAGUACAAUCACCGUGGUUCCCGAUUUGUAAGAAGUUGCUACUGGUGGUAGUGGAGCUAUCGUUACCGAGUAACUGCUACAAAGCUGACGUCGUCACGGCAUUUCGAAACUUUGGCAGUUUGUAUGGGGUCUGGGUGGCGGAUAAAUGGGGCGACGAGUUUCUGCAAAUUACCCAAAGCAUCUUGUUUACUACCGAUGCGAAGCGCUCCACGGGCAAGGGUCGACAAUGACGUG